UUGGAAUUAUUUUCAUGAAAAUCAAAAACACUUUUUGGGAACACUAUGUUUUCAUAAACCACGCCUCUUCUCUCUUCUCUCUUCUCUCUUCUCAUAAAACUCUUUUCAACCAGAUUUCCAUGCUUUCUGUAGCCUCUUUUGCCUUGUUUCUCGCUGUCUUUCUCUCAGAAUUUUGAUUCUCAUUCAUAUAACAGCCUGGUCAACUUCUUCUCUUUAUCUUCUCUUCUUCACGUUUCUGUUUUUUGAAACUUGUAAAAUUAUUACUAUUUAAGUCAUUUUCUGUUUAACUGUUCAUCCCUCUCUUCUCCUUUUUCAAUCUUUGUUUCUAGCUCAGAAUGGGCUGUGCUCGUAAUGCAAAUGAUCUUGAUCAUCAACUUCACCUCGACGUUACUGAAAAUGAAGAUGCUUUUAAUGCUACAGUGAUGAGUAAUCUUAACCCUAAUACUUCUCUUCACCAGAGCCCUUCUUUCAUUUCUUCUUCUUCUUCUUCUUCUUUGACUCCUACACCUUUCUACAGCUUUAUUCAUUCUUCAACCAAUCUCCCAGCUUUGAAUCACCAUCUGGCUGUUACUUCAAAUGAGCAAAGUAGGACUGAAUUUACGGAGCAGCCGAUGGGUAGUUCACGGUGGAACCCGACGGCAGAGCAGCUUCUUGCGCUGGAAGAAAUGUAUCGACGUGGAAUGCGAACGCCGAGCGCGGAACAAAUCCAACUCAUCGCCGCUGAGCUCCGGAGGUUCGGUAAGAUAGAAGGGAAGAACGUUUUCUACUGGUUUCAAAACCACAAAGCAAGAGAACGCCAGAAACGCCGCCGUGAGUUGCUUGAAACAACCACAACUCAUCAUCAUAAUCCUGAAGAAAAACUCCACCGCUACCACCACUACGAAACUACUGAUCUUGAGAAGAAAGAUUCAGGGAUGAGAAAAGGUACAAUGUAUGAUGUUGAACUGACAAAGAAUUGGGCAUCUUCUUCUCCUUCAAACUGGAGUAAACAAUCAGAGGAAUUUGUUUCUAUGCAUACAUCAGUUGUAUCAUCAUCAAUGGCAGCUGAAACUGGACCACAUGGGUGGACACAACAUUUUGAUGAAAAGGAUUUACAGCUUGAGAGAAAAAUCAAUUUCAGUCUUAAUCUUCCACACCUGAAGAUCCCAUUUUCUUCUUCAUCUAAUCUUCAUCAGCAUCAUCAGCAUUUCCCUCAAAGUUUCAACAUUGUGGAGAAUAACAAUCAGAAUGACCAUGAAGUUGAAGAAACUACAGCAAACGCUACAACAACUCCAACUCUUGAGCUCUUUCCUCUCCACAGUGAUGAAAAUGAAACAAGCAAGAAAGACAACAACAACAUCAUGAAAAUGAAGAUUACAGCAACAAUGAAUAAUGAUAGCAGCAGUUUCAGUCCAAGGCAAAUGCAGUACAUUGAGUUUCUGCCAUUGAAGAACUGAAGAUGGGGUUUGUCAUUUUGUUGGAAAUGGGGGGCUGGGUUUUGCAGGAGAGAUUCAUGUGCAUGGAGCUAACAGUAGGGGAAAUUAAAGAGAUGGGAGAUAUUAGGAGAAGUGAUUUUGCCUAAAAAUGCACUUGGACCAUGUUGGUUUAUGAUCCAAGAAAAUGCAAUUUUUAUACAUUUAUUAAUGAUUUGAUAUGAUAUAUUAAUGGCUUAUUUCUCUGAAGAAUAUGAUGCAGAAUUUCAGUUUUGACAGGGUUGUCCAUUUUCUUGACCUUAUUUGAGUAAUUAUACAGAAGAUAAGGAUGGUGAUGGAGAGUUGGAAGAAGAGUUUGAUGUUGAACUCACCUAGAAUUUGGAAUCAUCAUAAAUA